CGGUCCGCCUCAGUCCUCAUUCAGGCAGCCGGUGUGUAGUCGUCAGAACGUUCUGUCCUCUUUACAUAAAAUAAACAUCGCUCUUAUUAUGAAGAACCUUCAACAUUAGAGUUCUACAAUCUUAUCCUAUAUCGUCAUUGAGUGAUAACUUAUCUAUUGUAUGCUAUGACGCGUAGACAUAAUCAUUCGAAGUUCCUCGCAAGUUAUGCGACUGUGUGGUGAAUAAUUUCUGUAGGCAAGUGGAAUGAGUGUGCGUUAACUUUAACAUCAAAUAAACCUUUGUAUUUACUUUAAGUUUAGUGUUAUUAUUCCGUGAUGUCAUUAUUUAAGAAGAAGGCGCCAAAAUAUUCCGCGCCCCCUAUGCCAACCGCUCCGCCAGAGGAGAUACAAAACCACCCGACUAACGGUCUGGACAAUAACAAUGGAGCUCAAAAGUCGCAGUUAGUGUUUCACUGUCAACAAGCGCAAGGAAGUCCGCUUGGCCUAAUUUCCGGAUUUUCAAACGUUCACGAGCUAUAUCAGAAAAUAGCGGAAUGCUACGACUUUCCUCCGGACGACAUUUUGUUUUGCACAUUGAAUACUCACAAAGUGGAUAUGAAAAAGUUACUUGGUGGCCAGAUCGGAUUAGAAGACUUUAUAUUCGCACAUAGGAAAGGUCGGCCAAAAGAAAUAGAAAUAGUGAAAACAGAAGACGCACUCGGCUUAACUAUCACCGACAAUGGCGCAGGAUAUGCAUUCAUUAAGCGAAUAAAGGAAGGAUCAAUUGUGUCACGAAUACCACAUAUAGAGGUUGGAGACCAUAUUGAACGAUUAAACGGUGAGAACGUAGUCGGCAAGAGACAUUACGAAGUAGCAAAACUACUUAAAGAAAUACCAAAAGGAACAACAUUCACGAUUAGACUUGUAGAACCAUUAAAAAGUGGUUUCGGGAGUAUCGGACCCAAAAGUGGCAGCGCAAGGUCUAGCAAGAAACAAAAUUAUGGAUCUGGAAAAGAAACUCUCAGAUUUAAGGCGAACGGUCAGGCGACUAUUGAAAAUGAGCACGACGAGAGAUCCAAGGCUGGCAUAGACAAAAUAAACGGUUUACUGGAUUCAUUUAUGGGAAUAAACGACUCAGAGCUGGCAACCCAAAUGUGGGAUCUUUCAGAAGGAAAGGCGAAUUCGAUGCAACUUGCUGAAGCUAUUGAUAAUAGCGACUUACAAGAAUUUGGAUUUACCGACGAAUUCAUCAUCGAAUUAUGGGGAGUCAUCACUGAUGCCAGAUCUGGAAGACUCAGUUAGAGAUAUUCUAAUUAAGUACCUACGUACCUAAAGGAAAGGUCUAGUUAGUUAAAAAUUGAAUUGGCAUUUAGCUGUAAAGAUGUAAGCCUUUUUUGAGACAAGUCAUAUUUAUGAAGAGGGUUACAGGCUUCAUUAUUAUAAAUAGGCUAGAUGAUGGAAUAGCAAUAAUAAUAAUUAGUUUUUAAGUAGGUACUUUAUGUAAGUACCGGGUACUUUUAAUUUAUUGUUACAAAAUGAUACAGUCAUUACUGAUUACUUAGAUAACUAAGUAGGUAUUUAUUGAGUUAGUUAUGUACCUAUUCCAUAUAUGACCCAGGCAAUGAAACCUAAAGUUAGUCUGAUGGCAUACGUAGGUAACUAUUACAAAAGAAAACUGGCGUUAUUGAUUUUGGCAGAGUUUAGAACGCACUUUAAACAAGAUAUUAAAGUGGUUAACUUUUCGUUUUUAGGGUUCUGUACCUAAAAAUGAAAAAAGGAACCGUUAUAUUAUAGGAUUACUUCGUUAAUCACUUGACAGACAUACAGACAGAGUUAGUAUAAGUGACAGACAGAAAGACAUAGUUACAUAAUAUAGUGUUGGUCAUUCUCCUUUCUUGACCACAAGUAUAAUUCAUUGAAUUUAUGAAAACAAUGUGGUAUGCUUGCCUGAACAACGGAAUUCUAAAAUUGUUGUAUGAUACUUAGUUCAUAAUGUAUAGUAACAGAAUAUAAAAUAAGAAAUAAGAAUGUGUGCCUUUUCUAUUGUUGCUAACUAAGUAGCAAAUAAAUAUACUUAUUAAAUAAAAUAUAUAGGUAAAAUAAUGUUGAUGAUUUUAGCUCAAAGUAUGAAUCCAUAGGUCUACUAUUAGGCACUUAUCUACUAUCAUAAAUAUACAUAUAUAAAAUAAUACUAUUUCUAUGUAAAUAGCAAUAAAAAAAUUACCUAUAGCAUUAUCACAAUAUCAAGGUAGGGUCUACCUAUACCUACUUACUAAUAUAAUAUUAGUAACAUUAUAUGUAUUGUGAAACUGACUCUGUGCCUAUCACAGGUGCCUAUGGAAGCGACACUCGUUGGUGGGUAGAGCUUAAAAUAGUGAUGUUUCCACAGAUUAAGGAAAUAGGUAACAUUAUCUGUGCGUGUUACCCUUCCACUCUAAACGCACCUCACCACGAGAGGCCGGGUGCGGGGCGAAUGAAUUUUGCUUGAGAUACAAGAUUUUAAAAACAAAAAUGGCAAAGGGGAAAUUCAAAUCAACACAACACAAACUAAAGACAUUAAAAAUGAUUAUAAAGUAAAGUGUGACACGACGGUUGUCUACCUAUUAUAUACAUAGUUUAUUUACGCGAAAAGUUGCCUUAUUUGCCUUUAAAUAGAGAUUGUUCAAGGGUCAUAACUUUCAAAAUAAAUAUAAUUUGACUAAAAUUAUUUUAAAGCAUUGAUAAUGGAGAGAUAAAUCGAUAUCUGACUAAUUUUAGGUCUACUAGGUACAUCAAAUAUAAUGAUAAGCGUAAUACGUUUGUAUGGAGAAGCGUUUAAUUAAUCGAUUUUGACGAGCACUGAGAUAGAUUACAAAUUGUUACAUUCCAGAGAUGAAAGACAUAGGCGCGGCAGAGUCCUCACGGAAUUUUGAAAAUACCCUCGACGCGGAUAAAAUCUAGUAUGCACAGUAGAUAGGUGUUUAAAUAAAUAAACAGAAUUUUAUUUGAAGCAACAUGGAAGCAACAAAGACUCUAUAUUAAGUAGGUACUUAAGCAAGGAAAAUAAAAUAAAUUAACUAAUGUCAAUCAGUGAACUACUAUUGCAUGGUUUCUACUCUAGGUAUUUUACACCAGUUGAAGUUCAACAGCUAGGUACCUACCUUGCAGCAGCGGUUCACUUGUGAUACCUAUUAGUCAGCAGUCCAUAUUUUUACAUUUUUGACAAUGAAUAAUGAUCUAUGAUUUUUGUAAUUGAUAAUUACUAAAUAAAUGAGUUUAUCUUUUUA